UUUGAUCAACCGCUUGCAGCUUACGAAGACGGAAUCAAUGCUCAUGCGGCAGGCUAUUUCCAAUCAUCAACGAAGACACCAAUAAAAGCCUGGCAAAAACUAACACAAGACAGCUAAUUUUAUUGCUAAGCACAAUAGAAAAUGUAUCCCCGCCUGCCCGGUCCGAUUGGAGCGGAUAUAUUUCUUGGUGCUACAACAACGGUGCGUUCAGUGUUCCCCAACUCACGCUUAGAUUCAUUGGCAAAUUUUCAUCAUACCUCACCAACCGAAGCGCCAAUAUAUGGCAAUCAAUUACUAUCGCCAUUCGAUAGAACGUCGUUGCAAGAUUAUGCAGCCACAGCAACCAUAAAUGAUGAUGCAUUCGGUGCUGGUGCCGGUGUUGGUGCUGGUGCUGGUGCUAGUGGUGGUGAUGGUGGUGCAACAGUGAGUAGCAGUUCUAAUCCUCUAAACAAUUACCUGCCUGAAAAUGAUGAUGAUUGGUGGUCGAAUGCUAUCGAAGAGGAUACGUUUGAAUCACCGCUUGCGUUCGAUGCUAGCGAGAAUGGUUUGUGGAAUGGACGUUUUGUGCCCCCACCGCCGCGACCGCCUUUUCUUGAUGAGAGUGUCGCCGCGGACGGACUUACCACCUGUGAUUUAUGUACGUGGGCAUGGCAGCGCAAUGCCUACUCACUGGACGGUUCGAUGGAUCCCGCUGGUGAGCUUGGCUGGGCGUUUACUUUAAUCAUAGUUUCAAUCAUAUCAGCUCUUAUAGGUGCUAUUAUAAUGGUCAUAGUUCUAAGGUGUAGAAGAAUUAAAUCAGCAAAUGGCAAUGGUGGUCGUCCACAGCCUUGGUGGUGUCGCAACAAUCGCAACGGCAGUCAAAACGGACGUUCAACGCUUUCAGUAAAGCAUCCUUCGGAUAGUAUACGUCGUCCGACAAGUAACUCGGGUGUUUGGACUUGGUUGGGUGGUAGUCGACGUUCUUCUGUGGGCCCAGAUCAAAUUGGACCACCAUCAUCAUCACCAGCGGAAAAUCAUUACACACAUAUGGAUGACGCUUAUAGUCCCGUUGGUGUUAGCGAAGCGUUAUAUGCUGAAUUGGAUCGAGAAUCGGUGCGCUCCGCAAAUCCUUCAUAUCAAAAUACGGCAUACAGCCAAUGUGAAGAUAAGUAUCAUUAUCAGCAACAUGAACAAGACAUUCCCAUGGUGGUCUCAUCGGCUCCGAGCAGUGCCUACUAUUCGGAUCUUUCAGUGACCGCUAUGCCAGGCGGCGGUGGCAAUGAGCGCGCCUAUGAAAUUGUGGGUCUCACUGUCAUGUCACAGCCGUUACCCAACUGGGACAGCGGAGGUAGGGAUACAGGUUCUAGUGAGACGGCGUUAGCUACUCAACGACGUAUGCCACGACUGGCAGCCAUAAAUGAGACAAGCACGACAACUGUUCCCUCAGAUUACGUUUAAAUGCAAAGAUGUAAAUUUAUGAAAUUUUAAAAAAUUAAUUUAAUUUAAUUGUGAAUUUAAUUAAGUGCUGUAAUUAAUUUAAUUAUUAAUUAAAAAAAAAAAACAAAACAAAAAAUCAAGUUUCAAAUGUGAAUCGAACGAAUUGAACGAGCUUAAAUUUAUUGUAGGCUUUGAUGUAAAUUAAAAAAAAAUUAUAUUUUUAACUUAGUUGUA